CCGCCGGGCCGGGGCCAUGCAGGAGAGCCAGACCAAGAGCAUGUUCGUGUCCCGGGCCCUGGAGAAGAUCCUAGCCGACAAGGAGGUGAAGCGGCCCCAGCACUCCCAGCUGCGCAGGGCCUGCCAGGUGGCGCUCGAUGAAAUUAAAACAGAGAUAGAAAAGCAGAGGCUUGGCGCUGCCGCACCACCAAAGGCAAACUUCAUUGAAGCUGACAAGUAUUUCCUUCCAUUCGAGCUAGCUUGCCAGUCCAAGUCCCCCCGGGUGGUCAGCACAUCCCUCGACUGCUUGCAGAAACUCAUCGCGUAUGGGCACAUCACUGGCAACGCCCCGGACAGUGGAGCCCCAGGGAAGCGGCUCAUCGACCGCAUCGUUGAAACCAUUUGCAACUGUUUUCAGGGCCCUCAGACCGAUGAAGGAGUUCAGUUACAAAUAAUUAAGGCUCUUCUAACAGCGGUGACAUCCCCACACAUUGAAAUUCAUGAGGGCACUAUCCUGCAGACAGUCAGGACAUGUUACAAUAUCUAUUUGGCCAGCAAAAAUCUCAUCAAUCAAACCACUGCCAAGGCUACCCUCACUCAGAUGCUGAACGUCAUUUUCACGCGCAUGGAAAACCAAGUGUUGCAGGAGGCCAGAGAAUUGGAAAGACCAAUCCCGUCAAAACCCCAGUCCCCUGUGAUCCAAGCUGCAACAGUGUCCCCAAAGUUCAGUCAUUUGAAGCAGAGCCAGGCACAGAGCAAACCAACGACUCCUGAAAAGACAGAUUUAACCAACGGUGAACAUGCCAGGAGUGGUUCCGGAAAAAUGAGCUCAGAGAAUGGAGACGCACCCAGAGAAAGAGGCCCAUCGCUGUCAGGGACUGAUGACGGAGCCCAGCAGGUGGUGAAGGAGAUCUUAGAAGAUGUGGUCACAUCUGCCGUUAAAGAAGCAGCACAAAAGCACGGCCUGACAGAACCCGAGCGGGUCCUGGGUGAACUGGAGUGCCAGGAAUGCGCUGUUCCUCCAGCAGCUGACGAAAACUCACAGGCCAACGGGAUAGCAGACGACAGGCAGUCCUUGUCGUCGGCAGAUAAUCUGGAAUCAGAUGCACAGGGACAUCAAGUGGCCACUAGGUUCUCUCACAUUCUGCAGAAGGACGCCUUCCUGGUGUUUCGCUCCCUUUGCAAGCUGUCCAUGAAGCCCCUUGCUGAAGGCCCCCCAGAUCCAAAAUCCCACGAGCUGCGUUCCAAGGUGGUUUCCCUGCAGCUGCUCCUGUCUGUGCUGCAGAACGCCGGCCCGGUCUUCAGGACUCACGAGAUGUUCAUCAACGCAAUCAAGCAGUAUCUCUGUGUGGCGUUGUCCAAAAAUGGCGUCUCCUCAGUGCCUGAUGUCUUUGAGCUCUCUCUCGCCAUUUUUCUUACUCUUCUUUCAAACUUCAAAAUGCACUUGAAAAUGCAAAUAGAGGUCUUUUUCAAAGAGAUUUUCCUGAACAUUUUAGAAACAUCAACAAGCUCUUUUGAGCACAGGUGGAUGGUCAUUCAGACUCUGACAAGGAUCUGUGCAGACGCCCAGUGUGUUGUAGAUAUUUAUGUCAACUACGACUGUGAUUUAAAUGCUGCUAACAUUUUUGAGCGCCUCGUGAAUGAUUUAUCCAAAAUCGCUCAGGGAAGAAGUGGACACGAGCUGGGGAUGACACCUCUGCAGGAGCUCAGUCUGAGGAAGAAAGGUUUGGAGUGCCUCGUGUCCAUUCUCAAGUGUAUGGUGGAAUGGAGCAAAGACCUGUAUGUGAAUCCCAACCAUCAGACCAGCCUCGGUCAGGAGAGGCCCACAGAUCAGGAACUAGGGGAUGGGAAAGGCCUUGACAUGGCGAGACGGAGCAGUGUGACGUCCAUGGAGUCCACGGUGUCUUCGGGGACCCAGAUGGCUGUCCAGGAUGAUCCAGAACAGUUUGAGGUCAUCAAGCAACAAAAGGAGAUUAUCGAACAUGGCAUUGAGCUUUUCAACAAGAAACCCAAGAGAGGCAUCCAGUUUCUUCAGGAGCAGGGCAUGCUGGGAACAUCAGUUGAAGACAUUGCCCAAUUCCUGCACCAGGAGGAGCGCCUUGAUUCUACCCAAGUAGGUGAUUUUCUGGGAGACAGCACAAGGUUCAACAAGGAAGUGAUGUAUGCCUACGUGGACCAACUUGACUUCUGCGAAAAGGAAUUUGUCUCAGCCCUACGGACAUUUCUAGAAGGUUUCCGUCUACCUGGGGAAGCCCAGAAGAUUGAUCGAUUAAUGGAGAAAUUUGCUGCGAGAUACAUAGAGUGCAACCAGGGGCAAACCCUGUUUGCUAGUGCUGAUACUGCAUAUGUCCUAGCAUACUCAAUUAUCAUGCUAACCACAGACUUGCACAGCCCUCAGGUAAAAAAUAAAAUGACAAAAGAACAAUACAUUAAAAUGAAUCGGGGUAUCAACGAUAGUAAAGAUCUCCCGGAAGAAUAUCUCUCAAGCAUCUAUGAAGAAAUAGAAGGCAAAAAAAUUGCCAUGAAAGAAACAAAAGAGCAUACGAUCGCAACCAAAUCUACUAAGCAGAGUGUAGCUAGUGAAAAACAGAGACGGCUGCUGUACAACCUGGAGAUGGAGCAAAUGGCUAGAACAGCCAAAGCUCUGAUGGAGGCUGUGAGCCAUGCCAAGGCCCCGUUCACCAGCGCCACUCACUUGGACCAUGUCCGGCCGAUGUUCAAACUGGUGUGGACACCGCUGUUGGCAGCCUACAGCAUCGGACUGCAGAACUGUGAUGAUACAGAGGUGGCCUCCCUGUGUUUGGAGGGCAUCCGAUGUGCAAUCCGGAUUGCCUGCAUCUUUGGAAUGCAGCUGGAGCGAGAUGCCUAUGUUCAGGCUCUUGCUCGCUUCUCCCUGCUGACAGCCAGCUCCAGCAUCACCGAAAUGAAGCAGAAAAACAUCGACACCAUAAAGACGCUUAUAACAGUGGCACACACCGAUGGCAACUACCUUGGGAACUCCUGGCACGAGAUCUUGAAAUGCAUCAGCCAGCUGGAGCUCGCUCAGCUGAUAGGAACCGGUGUGAAAACCCGCUACCUGUCUGGAUCUGGGCGUGAAAGAGAAGGGAGCCUGAAGGGCCACACGUUGGCGGGAGAAGAGUUCAUGGGCCUUGGCCUUGGUAAUUUGGUGAGUGGUGGAGUGGAUAAAAGACAGAUGGCCAGCUUCCAGGAAUCGGUUGGUGAGACCAGCUCACAGAGUGUGGUUGUAGCUGUAGACAGAAUUUUUACUGGAUCUACCAGACUGGAUGGAAACGCCAUAGUUGACUUUGUCCGCUGGCUGUGCGCCGUGUCCAUGGACGAGCUGGCUUCCCCGCACCACCCCCGCAUGUUCAGCUUGCAGAAGAUUGUGGAGAUAUCAUACUACAACAUGAAUCGGAUCCGACUGCAGUGGUCGCGAAUAUGGCAUGUGAUUGGAGAUCACUUCAAUAAGGUUGGCUGUAACCCCAAUGAAGAUGUGGCGAUCUUUGCUGUUGACUCCUUAAGGCAGCUCUCUAUGAAGUUUCUCGAGAAGGGAGAAUUAGCCAACUUUCGUUUCCAGAAAGAUUUUCUGAGGCCCUUUGAGCAUAUCAUGAAGAAAAACAGGUCUCCGACCAUCCGGGACAUGGUGAUCCGCUGCAUCGCGCAGAUGGUGAACUCCCAGGCAGCCAACAUCCGCUCGGGCUGGAAGAACAUCUUUGCAGUGUUCCACCAGGCAGCCUCGGAUCAUGACGGGAACAUUGUGGAGCUGGCCUUCCAGACCACGGGCCACAUCGUCACAACUAUUUUCCAGCACCAUUUCCCUGCAGCCAUCGAUUCCUUUCAGGACGCUGUGAAGUGCUUGUCGGAGUUUGCCUGCAAUGCUGCCUUCCCCGACACGAGCAUGGAGGCGAUCCGGCUCAUCCGCUUCUGUGGGAAAUACGUCUCCGAGAGGCCUCGGGUGCUACAAGAAUACACAAGCGACGACAUGAAUGUUGCUCCUGGCGACAGGGUCUGGGUCCGAGGCUGGUUCCCCAUCCUGUUUGAGCUCUCCUGCAUCAUUAACAGAUGCAAGCUAGAUGUUCGGACAAGAGGACUCACGGUCAUGUUCGAGAUCAUGAAGAGCUACGGCCACACCUUUGAAAAGCACUGGUGGCAGGACCUGUUCAGAAUCGUGUUCAGGAUUUUUGACAAUAUGAAACUCCCUGAGCAGCAGUCAGAGAAAUCCGAGUGGAUGACAACAACUUGCAAUCACGCACUUUAUGCCAUUUGUGAUGUGUUCACCCAGUUUUAUGAAGCUCUGAAUGAAGUGCUUUUGUCUGAUGUGUUUGCACAGCUGCAGUGGUGUGUAAAACAAGAUAAUGAGCAGUUGGCUCGGUCAGGUACCAAUUGCUUAGAAAACUUAGUAAUAUCCAACGGGGAGAAAUUCAGUCCUGACGUCUGGGAUGAGACAUGCAGUUGUAUGCUGGAUAUCUUCAAAACAACCAUCCCACACGUUUUGCUGACUUGGAGACCUGUAGGAAUGGAGGAAGAUUCGUCAGAAAAACAUUUGGAUGUGGAUCUGGACCGCCAGUCUCUAAGCAGCAUAGAUAAAAAUGCCUCUGAGAGAGGCCAGAGCCAACUCUCUAACCCGACUGAUGACAGCUGGAAAGGUAGACCAUAUGCAAAUCAGAAACUGUUUGCCAGCCUCCUCAUCAAGUGUGUGGUCCAGUUGGAAUUGAUACAGACCAUCGACAACAUCGUGUUCUACCCUGCAACAAGCAAAAAGGAAGAUGCAGAACAUAUGGUUGCUGCCCAGCAAGACACGCUGGAUGCAGAUAUCCACAUAGAGACGGAGGAUCAGGGCAUGUACAAGUGCAUGUCUUCCCAGCACCUCUUCAAGCUGCUGGACUGCUUGCAGGAGUCCCACUCAUUCUCAAAGGCCUUCAACUCCAAUUACGAGCAACGGACUGUCCUGUGGAGAGCAGGUUUUAAGGGCAAAUCUAAACCUAAUCUUCUAAAACAAGAAACCAGCAGCCUGGCCUGUUGUUUGAGGAUCCUGUUUCGGAUGUAUGUCGACGAGAACCGCAGAGAUUCCUGGGAGGAAAUACAGCAGCGACUUUUAACCGUGUGCAGUGAGGCCCUUGCCUAUUUCAUCACAGUGAAUUCUGAGAGCCAUCGGGAGGCCUGGACAAGUCUUCUGUUGUUACUUCUAACAAAAACCCUCAAAAUAAAUGAUGAAAAGUUUAAAGCACACGCUUCUAUGUACUACCCCUACUUGUGUGAAAUUAUGCAGUUUGACCUGAUUCCUGAGCUCCGAGCAGUUCUGCGCAAGUUCUUCCUGCGGAUAGGUGUUGUCUAUAAGAUAUGGAUUCCGGAAGAGCCAUCACAGGUACCAGGGACACUGUCCCCAGUGUGGUAGCCCUGGCCCUGUGGGCCCCUGCUGCAGCUCUGCAGAACGUUCACCACGCCACCUCUGCCUGGCACAUCUCGUGGAGGGUCAGAUCAUAGAAACAGGGAGUUGGCAUCUGGGAGCUCAGAAUGGCCUGGAGGAAGCUGGUCUCGACGCAUGUCCCACAGUCCCUGGCUGAGACGUUGUGCUGUUUCAUUAAAAUGUUGCAUACCCAGUUAACACAGUA